CCCACCCCGGAGUGUGUGGGCUCAGUUGCGGAGUCAUGAAAGUGUUUGUAAACAACGCAGUCAGAAGGCGCAGCAAACUGGAGUCGGACCAAUUCCCACACAUAUCCCUGAGUGUCAACACAUCCUCUAAAGUGUCCCUAAUCUUGGGAUAUAAAGGGUGGUUGAGCUCAAGAUUUCUCAAUGUCUUCAAGUCGACAGGAUGACAUAACUGUAACAACAGUAAUAAAUUCAUAGCUGUCUGAGUAGCUACAGCAUUCCACUUUCAGAACCUCAAGAUCCCUUUUAUUACCCGUGUACUGUUAACCUAUUAAUUUAAGAUGCCUUGGCCAUUUUCGGAGUCCAUCAAAAAGCGGGCCUGCAGAUACCUUCUGCAUCGGUACCUUGGCAACUUUCUGCAGGAGAAACUGAGCUUGGAUCAGCUCAGUUUAGACCUCUAUCAAGGCACUGGUUCACUUGCACAAGUGCCAUUGGAUAAAUGGUCACUCAAUGAGCUCCUAGAGACAGCAGAUGCUCCUUUUGAGGUAAUCACCGGGUUCAUCCAGACAAUUUCUUUAACUGUCCCAUGGGCAGCACUGCUGCAGGAAAACUGUGCCCUAGAGGUCAAGGGUUUGCAGAUGGUUCUCAGACCAAGACCAAGAGUGGCAUCUGGAACUGAGCCCAUGUACUGGUCCAGUUUCAUGACGAGCAGCAUGCAGCUUGCCAAAGAAUGUCUGAGCCAGAAACUCACUGACGAUAUGGGAGAGAGCUUCCAGCCUUUUGAGGGUUUAGAGAAGUUUGCAGAAACGAUAGAGACAGUUCUGAGAAGAGUUAAAGUGACAUUUUUGGAUACUGUUCUCAGAGUAGAACACAUUCCAGAAAAUUCUAAAACUGGAAUCGCCCUUGAGAUUCGAGUCAAUAAGAUUGUUUACUGUGAUGAAACAGGCGAGGAGAGUUCUAGUGUGAAUGUGCAUCAGCCAACCACAUUUGCACAUAAAAACCUGCAGAUGGAAGGCAUUUCCAUAUUUUGGAAUGAAUUCUCAGAUGUGUCCCGUGCUGGUUGUAAAUCUUCACCCACUCAAACGGAAACGGAGCCAAAGCUCUCUCCUAGCUGGAAUCCCAAAAUAAUAUGUGAGCCUCAUCCCCAGUUCACAGAGCCCGUAUCCUCUACAACACCCUUUGAACCUGUGCAGGUUGGGAGCCUUGGUGGUAAAAUAGAGUUGUCCCUCACUCUGAAAAACAACUUAGCUAUGCCGGGUGCAAAGCUGGAUGUUGUUGGACACAUUGAUACACUUAUUAUUCUGCUCUCCCCGCGGCAAGUUCAUCUUCUUCUAGACUUGUGUGGAGCUUUCUCUGGAGGAGGUGCACAGGAAUGGGCUAAGGAUAGAAAGAGCCGACCCAUACAGCAAGAGGAUGAGUAUCGGCUCCAUAUGGAACUGAACCGAUGUCUGAAGAAGGAUACCGCUGUACCAGGAGCAGACCCUGACCUCUUUGAGAGCCAGACGACAAGAACUGUGUCUAGUCGAGAUGAUGUGUUCUUCUCCAUGGCAGACAUGGACAUGUCUCAUAGCUUAUCAUCCCUUCCUCCUCUGGGUGAACCACCCACUGUUGACUUGGAUUUGUCACUUAAUAGCAACUACUCUGCCUCCCCAGGAGAAUCUCCCUCUGGAAAUGCAACAGCUCUGUGGGACGAUUACAUGGAUGUACCUCGACAAAGAGAGAAGCACGCUAAUGAAACUCCCGUCCAAUCACGGGAUUCACAACUCCCUCAAAAAUUACUGAGACAGACUUCCCAUCCAUCCAAAACCCAUGGCGAUGAGUCAAGGCCCGAGCUGGUGUUAAGGUUAACACUGAGUAGCCUGGCUGUCUCGGUGCUCCACAUUGACCCGCUGCCACCACCAGAUGCUGUUCCCAGUCCCCUUGGCCCUAUGGCUGCACAUUUCUUCAGCAUGGUGGGCCCAGGCCACCUCGCCCCAGCUACUUUCCUCCAGUCUCGGACUGUGUUUAACCAGGCUUGCCCCCAUGACCAUCUAAGGUUUGUGGGCCAGGGCCUGAAGAUAAACUAUGAGCACUGUCAGGGAUCCAGCCUGCGGACUUUUAGCACUGACUUCUCCCUUCAUCAGAUGGAGUUUCUGGAGUGUCUGUUCCCCUCUGAGGCAGUCCGUGGCGGCUCCCAAAGAGGCAUUCAGUACACAGAGCUCCUGACAUUUGACACCGCAGCCAGUGCUGAUCAGCCGCUUACCACCUGCCUUCACCUGCUUUACAAACAGGCUGAGCGCAGAGGCCCUCAGGGCGGCCAGGUUCGUCUCAGCACCAUACCCAGGAAAGCUGAGAUCCAGGUGGAGCUGGGCCCUGUGCGCUCUGAGUUGGACAUCAGCAUAGUGGACCGUCUCAACUCCUUGCUACAACCUCAGAAGCUGGCCACUACAGAGUUGAUGACAUCCCACUUGUACACAUCCUAUAAUAAACAUGUCAGCUUGCACAAGGCCUUUACAGAGGUUUUCCUUGAUGACAGCCAUACGCCCACCACCUGUCAUGUAUCGCUGACUGUCAAUGCCCCAGUGCUGGGCCUUGCAAUCCGCUUCCCCAUCCCUGACCUGCGCUCAGAUCAGGAGAGGGGCCCUUGGUUCAAGAAGUCCCUGCAGAAGGAAGUGCUCUACCUGGAGCUGGAAGACCUGGAAGUGAAAACAGAGUUCAUGGGCGGCAGCUCUCCUGACCAAACCAAAAUGGAGCUCACUUUCAGGGAGCUUGUUGGGAAGUUUCAGGAGGAGCCAGAUCAAACAGCGGCCCGGUUCCUCAGAGUGUCCCACACCAUGGAGGGAGACAUGACAACAUCUGAAAGUGCGAAAUUUGAUUGGCCAAGGGUCGUGCUAAAGAUGAACCCCACUGCAGUCCACUCAAUCCUUGAAAGGGUGACGGCUGAAGAUGACGAGGGGGCUGAGGACCAUUCCCUUGAAGAGGAAGAGGAGGAAGGGGCUGCCCAUUCACUAAAGGAUGUGUGUGACUUUGGGAAGCCAGAACCAUCACCCUUUUCUUCUCGAAGGGUUAUGUAUGAGAAUGAAGAGAUGGUCAUUCCCGGAGAUGUCGCUGAGAUGACAGAAUUCCAGGAUAAAACCAUGAACAACUCUCGCUUCAUCCUUGAGUUGUGUUUCCCCAAUGUGCAAUUAGUACUGCCCAGCAAGCCAUUUUAUGAAAAACUGCACAACAGGAUAAACAAUGACCUGCUGCUGUGGGAGCCCACUGCUCCAUCUCCUGUGGAGACGGUGGAAUGCAUGCCAUAUGGAGUUGGACUCUCUGUUGCCAGUCAGUUGAUCAACACUUACUCCAAGGACAGCUUCAGCCAGUUCCGCUCUACUGGUCCUGAGGAUGAGACCAGUGGGUCAGAUGAGGAGACCAUGCACUAUUACUCUCCUGCAUCUGACCUGGGCCUCAGGUCUCGCAAGAAGAAAAAGCCCAAAGCCCAUAGCAAGACCUCCCAGAGCCUGUUCUCUGUCAUCCUCAGUGUCAAUCAUGGCCUGGUGGCUCUUCAAACUAACGCUAAGAAGGAGGAUAAAACUGUACUGAAAAACAAACAUGGCGAAUUCUGGCUCGAGGUGAAAAAUGCUGUGCUAUUCAGUGUGACGCAGUACGAAGGCUAUAAAGACCAGCACUACAUCUGCUUCCACACCAGUAAUAUCUGCAUGUAUCACCAAGGACUUUUGGAGGGAGGCACCUCUGUCUCCGACAUCAAGUUGCCAUGCAGGACACAUCCCCACUGGUUGGAGCCAACCAUCUACCAAUCAGAGACGUCUCCUGAGAGAUCCUCAACUCCCUCAGAGAGUAUUGGUCUGGAGGCCCGCAGCAUGGUGUCUGUCGCUGUCAAAAUCUCAUCACAGAAUGCAGAACGCAAUGUGAAGGAAUUUCUGGUCGCUAUUGGAGUUAGAGGAGCCACACUCCAGCACAGAGUGGUCCCUCCCAGCCUGGGUUGGUAUGACCAGAUUGUCGACUUUCUGAAUGUUUCCGAUGAGCCUGUGUUGGGGUACGCCCCUCCUACGUCUGUCACCACCCUACAUCUACACCUAUGGAGCUGCUCUCUAGACUACAGACCCCUUUACCUGCCACUCAGAUCACUGUUGGUUGUAGAGACUUUCAGCAUCUCCAGCAGUGUCUCUUUGGACCUUUCUUCCUCCACACUCAGGAUAAUUUUGGACGAAGCGGCUCUGUUCCUCUCAGACAAGAGUAAUGCCGUCUCUGUCAAUCUAGCGCGUGACUAUGUUCAAGUGGUAGACAUGGGAACAUUAGAGUUGAGGAUUACAGCUGUCAAACCUGGGGCAGAUGGAAAGUUGUCAGAGCCCAGAUUUGAGCUGCGCUGUUCCAGUGAUGUUAUUCACAUCAGAACGUGUUCGGACUCCUGUGCGGCCCUCAUGAACCUUAUCCAAUAUGUAGCCAGCUAUGGAGACUUACUGCCCCCUGCAGAGCCAGAGGCCAAGCACAGCAGCACUACACAAAGAACCAAGGCGGAGUUUCCUAGCCGACCCACAUCUCAGACACCAUUGCUUGCUGAGACUGAGCAGCAGAUGUUGCAGGAUCUUAUGAGUGAAGCUAUGGAGGAGACUGAUGGGCAGCAUGCUCCAGGGCUGCAGCAGAAUGGUGCACAUGAGGAGCGGGAUCAGGACCAUGACCCGCCUCGCUCAGACCUGUUCUUGUUCCCGGAUGAAAGUGGGAAUUUUCCCCAAGAUGCGAGCCCCACUUACCCAGUGCUUCACUCUCCUCUCAUCACUCCUGUCCCUACCCUGACCCAAGAGACAGACGACUUUUGUAUCCUGGAGACACCAGGUUCCAGAGGAGAGGAUCUUGAUCAGGAGCCAGUGGUAAAGCAGCUUACCUCAGACCCUGUAGAAAUCAAAGAUGAUCACUUCAGUCAGCCUCUAGAUGGGAGUGAUUCCAGCCGUGGAGCCAUGAACUUUCCCAUCCCAGAGGUGCGCUACCUCAUCAAGGAGAUCUCCGUCAUCUGGCACCUCUAUGGUGGGAAAGACUUUGGGAGUGCAACUUUCAUAGCCUCUCCUGCUAGAAGCCGAGGGUCUACACCCCAUAGCUCCCCCUCUCAAACUCCAGUCAGACAGGCCAAGGCUUCAGGGCGGGCAGGAGGUGGAAGAGGAAGGAACCCUGAUGUCCUGAUGGAGAUACAGCUCAGCAAGGUAAGAUUUCAGCAUGAGGUGUACCCACAGGCCCAGGUGUCUUCUGGGCCAGCAAUGGAUCAGCCAGUCUCCCGGCAGGUGUUUAUUGUGCAGGACUUGGAGAUUCGAGACAGACUGGCUACCUCACAGAUGAACAAGUUCCUCUACUUGUAUUCUAGCAAGGAAAUGCCCAGAAAAGCCCAUUCGAACAUGUUGACGGUGAAGGCACUGCACAUGUGUCCUGAGUCAGGCCAGGCUCCCCAGGAGUGCUGUUUGCGAGUUUCCCUGAUGCCUCUUCGCCUCAAUAUUGAUCAGGAUGCUCUGUUCUUCUUGAAGGACUUCUUUACUAGUCUUGCUACUGAAGUUGAGUUUUUCUCACCGCCUGCUCAAGAAGCUGUCUGUGUUUCCACAAAAAAAGUGGCUGCACCUGAGAUCUCCUGCAGCUUCUCCAAGCACGCUGCCAGUAGCCAGGACCCGGCCCCAAUCAUCUCGUUGCCUGCUCAGAGACGCUUGAGUCACAAUGGUUUCUCCACAUCUGGCAAGGAGGAAGUGACUGACAAUGAAGCGUCUGCUCCUUCCUUCACAGACCAACCCAUCUUCUUUAGGGAGUUUCGAUUUACCUCUGAGGUUCCCAUUCGCUUGGAUUACCAUGGGAAACACGUGUUAAUGGAGCAGGGAACAUUUGCAGGGAUCAUUAUCGGAUUGACACAGCUUAAUUGUUCAGAGCUGAAGCUGAGGCGCUUGUGCUACAGACAAGGAUUAUUAGGUGUGGAUAAACUGUUUUCCUAUGCAAUAAAUGAGUGGCUAAAUGACAUCAAGAAGAACCAGCUUCCAGGACUCCUGGGUGGUGUGGGACCUAUUCACUCUCUGGUACAACUAGUUCAGGGAUUCAGGGACUUGGUCUGGCUCCCGAUCGAGCAGUACAGGAAAGAUGGUCGGAUAGUUCGAGGGUUUCAGCGCGGCACUGCCUCCUUUGGAACUUCUACCGCCAUGGCUGCUCUGGAGCUCACCAACAGGAUGGUGCGGACCAUCCAGGCUGCAGCUGAGACUGCCUAUGACAUGGUGUCUCCAGUGCCUGAUGAGAGAGACACAAAGAGGAUAAAACGGUUCUCCCAUUAUGGAUUGGCUCAUCAGCCUGUUGACCUGAGAGAAGGUGUAGCCAAAGCCUAUACUGUGGUGAAAGAGGGGAUCACAGACACGGCACUGACCAUCUAUGACACCGCCACCCGGGAGCACGAGCAGCGUGGGAUGACCGGGGCAGUGGGUGGAGUUCUCCGCCAGCUGCCGCCAGCAGUAGUCAAGCCGCUCAUUAUGGCCACUGAAGCCACCUCCAAUGUCUUGGGUGGGAUGAGGAACCAGAUUCACCCUGAUGCGCGCCAGGAGGAGUCUCAGAAAUGGAGGCAGGGCGAGGAGUAAUUCUUAUUGCCAUAUGGUACCUGAAAGCAUGACUGUGCAGAAGAAACAGCUAGUAAAUGUGUUGGAAACUUUCUUAAGAGGAUUUUUGAAGAGGAACAUCUCAGAGGUGCAUAAUAUACAGCCCUGGUGUAAAUAAGAUCCUGAUCAUCUCGUGGCACUUUGAGCUACUGCUUGUGUCAGCUUACCGGGUGCCUCACAGUGCCUUCAUGGUUAUCAGCAUUGUCCAACUGUACGGUUAAUCAAAGGGAUGUAUGAAGAGUGAGGAAUUUAUGAGCCACAUUUUGUCUUUAUGUGGAUUUUGUUCUGUUGUGGGAUAGACAGUGGCAUUAUAGAUAUAAAAUCAUAAUGAAUAGGCUGUUGUCUCAUGAGGUGCAAACAUUUGCUUCAUUCUCAAAACAGCUCUGUUUACAAGUUGUUGGUUCUUUUACCCUACUUGGUGUCAACAAACGCUAAUAAUAUAGGUGUAAUGACCCUUAAUUUAUAUAAUGUGCUGUAUGUUAUAUACUGUUAUUUUCUGUAAAUAUUCCUAAUGUGUAACAUUUCAUGCAAAUAUGAAAAAGAACAAGUGUAGGACCUGAAUGUGUCACAGCUAUGUAAAGUUGUGUAAUCAGCUCAAAUGAAUGACAGAUGGGAAGUUGUUAUAAAGUUUUACAAUUUUGUUUGGAGCUGUGGUCGUUUUGUCAUUUUUGCAAAAGCUGCUGUUCUCAAAAGCUGAUCUUGAUAUUUUAAAAACAGUUUCAAAUGUUUUAUUCUGUCAGUAUGCUGCUCAAAUUUUUCAAAUUGUUCACUCAAACUUGUAAGAGAAACUGUAUCCACUCAGAAUCUUGAAGCAAAGUCUUAAUAUCCUGCACAAUUGAAUUUUUUAAGUGUAUGUUUGAAUAUUGAUAUUUGGUGUGAUAUGUUGUGUUGCAGACAUUUGAUUUGCCCAUUUUCUUGUUUAUGUGGACAGACUAAUAUUUCUUGUACAUAAGUGUACAGGUGAUGGAAGAAUUUGUAUUAAAUGCAUGAAAGCGAAAUAAAAAUGGUUAAAUCCACCAGAGCAGAA